AGUGGAAUCAGGCCCUACACCAUAUGCAAAAGACAGAAUCGACGGUGCCUACGCCAGCUUUCAUUGUUUGUGUGACAUGGAGAUGUUGCAGCGCAUCAGGGACUGUACUGUGGCCGAGGCGCACCGGGCGCAAGGAAAAAACACAACAUGGGACUUGUCUGUGGAGGAAUUGGAAGCAUUCAUUGCGGUCCUGUAUGUCCGUGGGCUAUACGGCAAUAGACAAGCGUCUUUGGAUGGCUACUGGUCAUGUUUAAAAUCAGAUUUCUUUCGAGACACAAUGCCAGUGGACCGCUUCACAGAAAUCAUGCGGUACCUGCGUUUUGACACAAGAGAGAUCAGACGCCCCCGGACAAAUUCGAACAAAUUCGCCGUGGUCUCAGAAGUUUGGAACGCGUUUGUACGGAACUGCGUUGCAUGUUACAAGCCAGGGUUGAACAUCACUGUUGAGGAGCAACGGUUCCUUACAAGUGGGGAGGUCAUCAAGUUUUCGUUGACCGCUGACGUAGACAGCAAGUACGUGCUAAAUGUCAUUCCUCAUGUCGUUCCUUAUUCGUGGGAAGAUGAAUCUCAGAAGCCUGAAAAUGUGGCAUUGAAGCUUGUGGAACCUUACCUCGGUGCGGGGAGAAAUGUCACUACGGACAAGUUCUGCACAUCCCUGCCAUUAGCAAAUAAGUUGAUUGCCAACAAUACCAACUUGGUCGGGGCCGUGAGUCAUUGCGGACGAGAGCUGCCUCCCGUGAUGCGUAAUCAGACACAGACAAAGCUAUACUCCACUACCGUGCUAAAGCAUGACAAAGCAACCCUUACGGUUUACAGAAGUAACCCAAGAAAGAACGUCUGUAUUCUGAGCACUAUGCACCCGACUGUCGCCAUCGGGAGCGACCGAACGAGAGAACCGGAGACCGUGACGUUCUAUAAUAGCAACAGGGUUGACGUAAAUAGGAUGACAAGAGAGCGCACGGUGGAGGUUGUGACAGGGUUGGAGAAAGGAGGUUCACACCGCUGGCCCCUUGCGGUAUUCUUCAACCUUCUUGACCUGGCUGCAAUCAACGCAUAUGUUUUGUUCACGCAAUGCACCGCUAAGACAGUGUCAAGGAGAGAUUUCGUCAUGGAUCUGGCAUUCGAGCUUCGCGAGAAGCACAUGAGGGCCAGUGCCGCACCGCCUCCUCCCCUCCCACCCAUCCAGGACACAGUCUGUGAAACGAAGACCCGGAGCAAGGUGCGCAGAUCGACACGGAACAAGGCUCCUGAAAGCUGUGGGUAGUGCAACGGAUUUGCUUGUGGGUCUUGCGCACGCAAAUAUCCAGAACAACAGAAGACGAGAGAUGAAUUCAUGCGUUAGGCUAAAGGCGCAUAUCCCAAAGGCACAAGAUACUGUCUCCAGUGAAUUAACAACCGAGUCUGUGUUAUAGCAUGGAUAUAUUGCCACUAAUUCUCCUGUAUGCAUGUAAUGUUUCAACAUUGUGUUUUGCACCCUACCAAUUGUGUUACAAAUAAAAUGCAGAA